CGCUGCCGUUGCUGCGGCUGGUGCUUCUGUAAAAAGAAAAAAGAAAAUCAAGACACGUUAAUUUAUAGUAAAAAUAAUCGUCGUCGGUCGUUUACCGAUUUAACACAAUCACUAUAACAAUCGACAACAAACGGAGGCAGUCGUUCGUCACCGAUGUGUUGCUGCUCUAAAGCCAAAAUAAUCCCAACGAUAUAAUAAAAUACCAUGAUUAUUGUGAUGUGUGAACUGUAGGGGAGUUGGUAGACUUAAGACAGACGGAGGAAUAGACAUAUAGACAUGUUGUUGUUUCGCCGAUGCUGCUACUGCUGGUGGCCCCUGAUAACACUCGGACUUGAGCGGCCCGAGGGCCAGGCUAGGCCAGGCCCAGGCCACCGACCCGUAGCCAUCUGAAUCUGAAGCUGAAUCUGAAGCUAGAGCUGAACCGUUGAAGCUGUUCCUCGGUUUGCUCUCGUUGGUUUUGCUGCUGGCUGGUGCGUUGUUGUACGUACGUGCAUCUAAGCUGUGCGACAAGAAGGGCUUUGUCGUCGAGAGGAGAACGGAACGUGGUCGUCGUCGUGGAGUGCGAGGAUCGUUGUCAUCGUCAUUGAGCUUGAAAAUAAAAGAAAAAGAGGAACGGAGAAAGGAGACGAUUGGAUAGGAUUGGAGAAAAAGAGAAAGACAGCGUGUAAACGAAGGGUGGCUGAGUGUGGUACAACCUUCGUUUUGUCGUCUCUCGUUCUUCGCUGUUCUAAUAAUUAUUCAGAGUUUCAAGUUCUCCUUACUUCUCCAUGUUAUGCUGUGCUAGAGUGUGUGUUGUGUAUUAUCGUCGUUAUUUUUCUUUUUCCUCUCGGUCGAGAGUUUAGCGAGGACUGAACAGCAUCGCGUGUUUGUGUGUUGUGUGCCAGUGUCGUCGUACCGUUGUGUCGUGUCGGUCUAGCUCUGUCGACGUCUUCGUCGUUGUCGCCGUUUCGACGCCUUGCGUCGUCUCGCUUUCCGUCUCUGUGUACGCGCCACUGCGUUAUUAUUAUGUAUAGUCACAUACCGAUCAUUUUACGGUGGAUGAUGGAUCAUAAUAGUAAGUCGGCGCGAACGGUAAGCAGUACCAUCAUCGUACAUAGGGACUACUUCGGAUUGUGAUUGGUGAAUAUUUAUUGUGUUCGAUAAAUUUGAGAACUCGGUAUUUUAAACGACACCUGAUGUGAUAGAUACUUACAAGUUUAUUUAACCUGCCUCUUCGUUCGCUGGAAUGCAAUAACACAACCAUCCUUUGCAUCAGAAAUACCACUACCCUGCAUGUAGUUCUGUCACUCAUUAUCUGCUGCUGAUGCUCACCGUUGUAAUAUGAUCAAAACAUCAACGUGAUUAUUAAUAAAUACAUGAAGAAUAAUGUCAACGAAGAGAAAACAGAUGAUAAAUUGACGCAUAAUAAGUGUAUGAGAUGUGGGUGAUUAAUUAAAGCUCUAAGCAGUUAACAACAAAAGUGAAAAAAGAAACGUGAAAUGUAUUAGUUAACCACGUAGAUACCUACAUAAAUUGCAAUUGCUAGUGAUAAAAUUCUGUGUAUGCACAAUUACAAAAAAUUGGACAAGGUUUUUCAAUAUCUUAUGACUUAUUGUAAUAAUAUAAUGGAGACAUUAUUGUCUACAAAUGCGAGCAGUCAGUCGUACAGUCCGCAAUUGAAAAGUGUAUUGAAAACGUAUCAGCUAUCAGCCGUAAAAAGCCUCCAGGGUCCGAGCUCGGCCCUGUUGGGCAUGGACUGUAAAGGGCUGUUACAAGAACCCGCCGCUUUUCAUUUUUCCUCUCUAAAUCGUUCCAGCAAUGGGAUCUCAGAUUCUGAGCCGGAAUGCUUGAUAUCUGUGAAAGAAAUUGACAAGAUAGAAAAAGAUGAUGAUGUCAUAUCCUGUAAAGAUCCUCAGAGAUCCAGUGAUACCUUAGAAGACUCUGAUUCUGAUCCUCAGCCAGAGCGAGUCAAAGUAAUCACCGAUACAAAACGGGAGCAGGAAUUCCAGAUACCAAUUUUAACUGCACCCGAUCAGAAUUGCUCAGAGAGAUGCGAGACUUCUCUAGAAGGCGAAAGAAUAUCGUGCUUUGUUGUUGGAGGAGAAAGACGUCUUUGUUUGCCACAAAUACUAAACACAGUCUUACAGGAUUUUUCGCUCCAACAAAUAAAUCAAGUAUGCGACGAGCUGCAAAUAUACUGUUCAAGAUGCACACGAGAUCAGUUAGAGGAGUUAAAGUUGUCUGGUAUUCUCCCAAGAAAUGCUCCAUCUUGCGGUCUUAUAACACAGACAGAUGCAGAGCGAUUAGUUAGCGCUCUUCUACUGAGAACAGAGCCUUGUGAUCCACAGGAGAUAAUAGAGAGCCGGAAGAUUAUAUUAGAUGACUCCAAGGAUGAGGGAGAGGAAAGUUUGUCCCCAAAUAGGUUCAAGGUCUAUCACGAAUGCUUUGGAAAAUGUAAGGGGAUUCUUGAGGCUGAGCUCUUCAUAACUGAAGAUUCUGCCUGCAUCGAAUGCCUGGAAUGCACAGGGAGAUUUUCUCCACAACGUUUUGUCAGGCAUGCUCAUAGAUCAUUAGAAAAUCGUACCUGCCAUUGGGGAUUUGAUUCUGCAAAUUGGAGAUCUUAUCUUCUUCUUGCUAGGGAUCAACCCCACUAUCAUCAAAUCGCAUCUCUAUUUCGAGAUCUGAAGCAACGUCACCUACCAAAUUCCAAACGAAAGCCUCAGGUGCGACAUGAGGCAGAUAAGUUGACAAAGAGAAUUAAAAAAGAUUCAAACCAAGAGUGUUCGCCUGGUUUUUACAAAGGAAACGGUAUGGGAAUAUACCAUCCUGCAUCCCAAGCUGGUGGCGUCAGUGAUCCAUACCUACAGAUGCAAUGGGCAGUAUUCGAGCUUGCUGCAAGAGGUGCUUCAGCGUUUCGCCCAUGGAAUGCUGCUGGAUCUUGUAAACAUAGGGACGGUACCUCUCUUGUGCCUGCGUACCUGAGCCGGGGACCUCCAGUACUGCAGCAUCCGGAAAGAGUAGUUCCACAUUCAGAAUGUGAACGUUUUGAGCCCCACUUUCAGCCCAAUGUAGCUUUGGCUCCACUGCCUCCACUAAACUUACCACCUGUAGUUCCACCUGGUUCGCAUCAUCAUCAUCCAAAACGCCGUCAUCAUCAUCGUCAGCCCAGUCCUGAAGGUAAACAAGAAACACUACCGGUUACCGUAAAAUUAGAAAAGCCUUCCUCGCCGAGCCCAGGACCUGGGCCUGGUCAAGCGUCACUUUCUUCGCCCCCUACGUUGUCCUGCACAACAGAAGGAGAUGAAGAUAGCAGUCGAGGCGUAAUAUUAAAAGAAAAUGAAGAAGAAGAAGAGAGCAGUACAGCUGUUACAUCCUCGACGGUAACGGUCGAUCCCCCACCUGUGGAAAUCGCCACUUCUUCACCAGAGACUGAUUCCGACUCAGAUACAACGGUGGCAACUGAUUUGGAGUCUAGAUUAGCGGCACUUGACGUCCCAAAAGAAGUAAGAGAACUUGCGAGGCGUUUGGUCUCCCAAAAUGCUAGUUUGAGGCGGAACCGUCGUAGAGAUGCCAGAGAGAUUUUGAGGCUACGGAGCCAACUUGAACUGCAGCAAUUACAGUUUGCAAGUAAAGACAAUGGCAAAAAUCACACUGGACAUCGGAACGGAAACGCUAAUGCUGCUGAUAGCACUGAAGGUAGUGAAGAAGUAGAUGCUGUUCCUCCUUCUAACGAUAAGGACAUAGAUGAUCCGAAUAAUCCUGCAGCUAGUAACGAUUAGGUUUAGUAGAUCGAGGGUUAGAAAAAAAUAGAAAAGAAAACUGCUCACCAAUCACUGCGCCGCUUGUAUUUUGGCCAAGCAAGCGCGCACUGAAAUUAUUGUUCAAAUUAAUAACAAUCUAAUGAUUAUUCUAAACUCUAAAGGAAUGAAAAAUGUCUGGGUUAUGUGAUAUAUAAAGAGCCUUUAACGUUAUUUCUAUUGAUUAGAAGUUCUUAUUGUAAGUAUAAACUUUAUGAACGGCUUAACCAUACGCGUUUUGACCGAAUGUAGAUAUUGUAUGAUAUGGAAGAAAGUAAUUAGGUUUAAAAGAAAAGGUAAAAAAAACGAAAAAAAUACAAAUCUUAUCAUGCCAAUAACGAUUACGUUUAACGAUUUAUUUAAUUGUAAUAAAAUAUAAGGUGAAGAAAAAAAAUAGCAAGAAGUAAGCAUUUGGGUAUAUUAAAUAUACAUCAUUUGCAAGAAAUGAUUUUUUAUUGAUCAUAUAUUGUUUUAUCGUUUAGGUAGAACGAAGAAUAGGCUGCUUUCCGUUAACUCCUCCUCGUAACCAUAAAUCAUAAUCGCAUAAUGUAAAUACAUUCUCUUGUCAUAGAUUUACAUGCAUAUAAAUAUAGUACAUAUAAAUAUAUAUAUUAUACAUAAAUAUAUAUAUUAUUAUAUGUUAAUCAUAUUAGUUAAUAUUAUGCGAAUUAAUUGUGAAAGUACAAAAAACCCUAGGUGCUAUGUUGUUACGUUAGCUACGUUUCGAGCAAACGCGGCUCGUUGCAAUACUAAAAAAAAAAGAAAAAAAAAACGAAAAAGUAAAACACAUUAAAACACGUUCGGUUCCGCAUUGUCUUCAUUACUAUAGUCUCUACUCCUUAGUCUCGAUUAUAUCACCGCGUUUUUCACUCUGUAUAGCUAAACCACGGACAUUACAUUGUUAUUCAUGUAUUUAAAAUAAAGAAGCGCAACAUCAUCUAACUACAAAAUUAUACACACACACACUCUACUCACACGUACAUACAUACUUAAAACCAAACAAAGAACGAAAAAAAACAUACAUGCAUAUAUUCUGACCCAAAAGCGAAUUUAUAAAAAUUAUAAGUUUUCUUCGUCAAGUCAAAAACCCGUACUAUUCUAUUAUAAUAAAUAAUAUAAAUAUUAGUAAUAUAAACUAUUACAGUUCGUAAAUCGUAUGAAUAUUUCAAUUAUGUAAUAAAAUUGACAAUUAAUAAUGCUCGUUUGUACUUGGGGUACAUUUAUAUAAGCGCAUAUGGACUGCUUUGAAGAAUCCAAUUUCAUAAUUCACAUUCGGUACUCACCUCGAUUACACAUAUUAUAAUAUUAUAAAAACAUAUACCGAAAAUUAAAACGUGAUAUACGUGACAAACGUUUCCCGUUCUAACAUUUCCCGAGUUGAUGAUUUUUCUGCUUUCGGUUACGUUUUACCGAAAGUGUCGAGAAAUCUAAUCUGGAAAUGUUAUGGCCGAUUAUUUUUUUUUUUCAUUUUGGAUAACGAUAAUAUAUCUAACUGUUUACCGGUGAUAUUAAUAAAUAAAUAAUCAUCAACGAAAUUAUGAUGCUACAAUAAGAAAUAAACGAAAACUCACGUUGUAUUAAAGAAAAAUAUUUGUCCAUCUGCAACAAAGGAUAACGGGUGAAAAAAAGUGAAUAAAUUUUCAAAGCUAUCCUGUGUCGGCACAGGACAUGAUAUACAUAUAAUAUAUUAUAGGUACCUACAUACAAUCAUUACUCUGUUCUGUAUAAUGAACAUUCAUAUAUGAAGUACGAUACUUGAUAAUAUUACGAUGUAAGAGUCCCACCUAAACUAAAGAAUGUAUAAUCUACGUUUUUCAUACACACUCAGUUAUUAUACUUACCUGUAAUAAUAUGUAUCUUAUCUACUACUCAGCUUAGAAUGCAUUUGAAGCAUAGCAGCAGAUACCUAUAUACCUAUAUAAUUAUGUACCGAUACAGUUCGAACAGAGCCGUAGGAGAUCUAUGAUGCUUUUAAUUAAAUUAUUAUCUAUCAACGCCCAACCCGACCACUUUAUACAUAGGCUCGGAUCCACAAAUUAAUAGGUACAAAUUUACGCCAUAAUCUUACAGUCGAAUUACCUGAAAGAUAUAUUAUUUAAAAGAAAAGAAAAAAAAAUAAAGAAAAGAACGAAGUAAAACGUGAAAAAUUAUGUAUUAUACGAAGAAACGCGAAUUAUUAAGUAUACUGUAAAUUGAAACAACGUUGGAAAAGGCAAUAUAAAAAUCCGGAACUGUUGUAUAAAAUUGUUAAAAUUGAUUAAAAUAUGAAGAUUCAGAAUGUACUUACUUCAGGGUUCUUUUUUUUCUCUAUAGUCAUUUACUAUUGUAUAUUAAUAUUCCGUAAUUAAAACGAAUUAGCAACAUUUACUGUAGCAUUUCAGAAUAAUAUAUACAUGUCGUACUUUUUUUUUUAUUCGUUUAUUUCCGAUGUUCAAUUCCCGCAGAGAAAGAAUCAUCCCUGGCCUGAGCUUAUUCUGAAAAUUCACCCAAAUUCAGUCAAUUCUUUGUAAAAUAUUUCGCGACGUAAAUACGGUAGUUUAUUUUAUGGGUACAAUAUGUAAAUUGAUUGUAUUUCAUUCAAUACAUUGAACAAAUGAUAUUAUUGAGUUCUUCUAAAUUUUCUUUACGUUUACAGCUUUAUUCAACGCGACUGUUAUGGCUUGAAAUGUAUUUUAAACCCGAAUACGAAUGUAUUACAAAUAAAUACAAUAUUUGUGAUGUCUGA